AUGUUUGAAGAGGUGAUAUUCUUCUAUGCACGAGAACUUGCAAGCGUUGAUGUUACCAGCCCGGCGCAAAUUCGAGAUGCCUGUCGCAAGAAUUUCAACGACAAGGAAUCCAAACAAGAAUGUUUGCGUGCUCUAGCAGGUGGGUUGCCUGCAAAGGUAAUUGCUCCAAAGAUAUUGCUGCUCACACACCUGACAUUUCACCAGGACCGUGUUCUGAUGGAACGAUGGGGUGCGACAGUAAAAGCCAUCUACCUUGUGCGAGACCCUGCAGAGUAUUUGCGGGCAGCUUUCAACUCUUGGAGAACUGACUUGGACGCAAAUUCAGAACAGAAAACGAGUGUUGGCAACUUCUACCGGAGCCCCGAACUUUCUCACGAGUUGCUUCUGGCAGAUGGCCUUCUUAAAUGGAAGAUGGGGUUGAACGUCCAAACGGGUGAGUGGUUCUUUCUUAUACAAAUACAGGAUAUUCCGCGUCUGUGA